AUGCAAGCCAAACCCUUUUACAUCAUUCCACCAGGAUUCCAUUCGCCAGGGAAACAUCCUCAGCUGCAUCAACCAUCGUUACCAACGAAGCUGCCACGGGCCAUAUCCAUUUCCAACCCUCCUGCAGAUAAUCAUGUUCCAGGCCCUUUGACACUAGACAGGGAUGAUUCUGUGGCUGCCUUUUGGGACUAUCAAUUUUUAUUCGUGUCACAACGCUCGGAGACGGCUGAGCCGAUCACGCUCCGAGUUGUGGACGGUGCAAUCCCCACGGACUUCCCUUCCGGUACAUAUUACCUAGCCGGUCCAGGGCUAUUCACCGAUGAUCAUGGCUCGACAGUGCACCCUUUAGACGGUCAUGGUUACCUCAGGGCCUUUAGCAUCGAUGGUGCAGCUAGAGAAGUCAAGUUCAUGGCUAGGUACGUAAAGACCGAAGCUCAAGCAGAGGAGCACGAUUCCGUCACUGACACCUGGCAGUUUACGCACCGUGGCCCGUUUUCCGUGUUAAAGGGGGGCAAGAAACUAGGCAACGUUAAGGUGAUGAAAAAUGUAGCUAAUACCAGUGUGUUGAGGUGGGGUGGAAGGUUACUGUGCUUAUGGGAAGGUGGAGAUCCUUACGAGAUUGAAUCAGGGACGUUGGAUACCAUCGGGAGUUUUGAUGUGAUAAACGGCCAUGAUUUGUUGCCGGAGGCUGAGAAGAAGGGUACCGACGGUGAUUUAUUGGACGCAGCCGCCCGGCUGUUGAAGCCGAUCCUAUACGGUGUGUUCAAGAUGCCUCCCAAAAGACUCUUGUCUCAUUAUAAACUUGAUGCUCAAAGGAACCGACUUCUUACAGCCUCAUGCAACGCAGAGGACAUGCUACUGCCUCGCAGCAACUUUACAUUUUAUGAGUUCGACUCAGAAUUCAAGUUGUUGCAGAAACAAGAAUUCAACAUCCCUGAUCAUUUGAUGAUCCAUGAUUGGGCCUUUACUGAUACUCAUUACAUACUGUUCGGCAACCGCGUCAAGCUCGAUGUUAUUGGAUCGAUGACAGCAGUAUCUGGGUUAUCGCCAAUGAUAUCGGCAUUGUCAGUGAACCCCAGCAAGUCCACGUCUCCCAUUUACUUGCUCCCUCGCUUUCCUGGUAAAUCUGCUGGACAGCGAGAUUGGAGAGUGCCAGUGGAAGCUCCCUCCCGGAAGUGGCUAUUGCAUGUUGGCAAUGCCUUUGAGGUCAAGGAUGUGGAUGGUAACUCGGAGAUUCAAAUCCAAGCAUGUGCUUGUUCUUACCAAUGGUUCAAUUUCCAAAAAUUAUUUGGAUAUAAUUGGCAAAGUGGUAAACUAGAUCCCUCGAUUAUGAAUGUAAAACAAGGUGAAAAUGAGUUGUUACCCCACCUUGUUCAGGUAUCUAUAAACCUGGAUGCUGAUGGAAACUGCCAAAACUGUUGCGUGGAGAAUCUGAACCAAUGGAACAAGCCAUCUGAUUUUCCAGUCAUCAAUCCAGACUUUUCUGGCAACAAGAAUGAAUACAUUUAUGCAUCAACUUCUUCAGGGUCUAGGCAGACAUUGCCCCAUUUUCCGUUUGACAUGGUGUUGAAGCUAAAUUUGACAACAAAAUCAGCCUUUACAUGGUCUGCAGGGGCUCGUAGAUUUAUUGGUGAGCCUAUUUUUGUCCCCAAAGGAACCGAAGAAGAUGAAGGGUACAUUCUUGUAGUCGAAUAUGCAGUUUCAAUACAGAGAUGUUAUCUUGUCAUCUUGGAUCCUAAGAGGAUUGGUGAAACUGAUGCCCUUGUCGCAAGGCUAGAAGUCCCCGAGCACUUGAACUUCCCUCUCGGCUUUCAUGGUUUUUGGGCCAAUAGCACCUGA